AUGGCGCUUGAAGCAGAGACCAAGCGUAUGGUGGCACAGUUUGAAUAUACUGCCGAAGAUGUGAACAAGGGCGUGAAGGAAUUUAUGCGGGAAAUGGAAGAAGGCUUAGCGAAGCAGGGAACAACGCUGAGCCAAAUCCCAACCUAUGUCACCUCGGUUCCCAAUGGCACAGAAAAGGGUGUGUAUCUAGCGGUCGACCUCGGUGGCACCAACUUCCGGGUUUGCUCGAUCACGCUGCACGGGAACCACUCCUUCUCGCUACAACAGUCCAAGGUCCCUGUCCCAAGGUCUUUGAUGGAGGCGGAGACAGCCCACGAGUUGUUUUCCUUCCUUGCCAAACAGAUCGAGAGCUUUAUCAAAACACACCACAACGAGCAUUUCGAGAAGCACAAGAACGUUCCUGCGGCCGAGGACUUUUUCGACUUGGGCUUUACCUUCAGCUUCCCCGUCAACCAGAUUGGUAUCAACAAGGGCAGAUUGAUGCGGUGGACCAAGGGCUAUGAUAUCGAUGAAGCCGUGGGAAAGGACGUCUGCGAGCUCCUGCAAACCGAAAUCGAUGCUUUGGGACUUCAUGUGCGCGUGGCAGCUCUGGUCAACGACACUGUGGGGACCCUGAUGGCUCGGUCGUACACUUCUCCCGGCAAGACCAAGACAUUAAUUGGGGCCAUUUUCGGUACCGGCACCAACGGGGCGUACGUGGAGAAAUUGGACAGGGUCAAGAAGAUGAAGGCAAUUGAGGAGGCGGAGGGCGGCGUCACCAACUACGACGAGUCUACGGGCCUCAUGGUCAUCAACACAGAAUGGGGCAGCUUUGACAAUGGGUUGAGCGUUCUGCCAAGUACUCAAUAUGACAUCGACCUGGAUCGAGAGUCGGUCAACCCCGGCUUGCAGAUGUUUGAGAAGCGGGUAUCGGGGAUGUUCCUGGGAGAGAUCCUCCGCCGAGCCUUGCUUAGUUUGCAUACGCAUCCUGAUGCGGGUGUGGCGUUGUUCAAGGACGCAUCGUCGCUCGACAAUGAUAUUAGAAGUACCACCACGGUGGGCGAGGACAGUCCGCUUUACCAGCAGUGGGGCAUCGACACCUCUUUCCUCUCUAUCGUCGAGGAAGACCAGUCCGACCAUCUCCGAAUCACGAAGCAGACCCUGGAAAAGGAGCUGAAGAUUGAAGCCGCCUCCACCGAGGACUGCGUGGCGGUCAAGAUGUUGGUCCACGCUAUCGGCAAACGAGCGGCCAGGCUCAGUGCAGUGGCCCUAGGAGGUGUUAUUCUCUCGACGAACAAGCUGGAGGAGGACGAGAUUGUGGACAUUGGUGUUGACGGCAGCUUGGUCGAGUACUACCCGGGCUUCGAGGACUAUAUCCGGGAGGCAUUCCGUGAGAUUGAAGGAAUUGGGGAGAAUGAGAAGAAGAUACGGAUUGGCCUGGCAAAGGAUGGCAGUGGCCUCGGAGCUGCUCUGAUCGCCUUGGUCGCCCACAAUGCUGAACCUCGGUGA